GAGCAUCUACCUCCCCGUGGGGAAUAGACCUUCGGAACGCCGGGCCCAAGGGCUCUAAAGGCCUCAGGAACAGCAAAAAUCCCACAUACCUACCUGCUGCUAACAACUAAGUCAACCUUAUGCCUUCCAGGUUCCGGCAAUGCGUUUACUCGUCCAGAAUCUCUUAGUUGGUCUCUUAUCGUACCGCAUUUGGGGGUACCCGACUGGAGCCGACACAACACAGAUUCAGGGCGAAGACAGCCGAGGAUACCACGCUCGUGCGGGCGUGCUCCGGCAUGUCAACCCGAAAAUUGGCACGUACGGUGCCUCGCCGGACGACAACGGUGGCAUGAUCCCGUCGGUAUCCGUACCGUUUGGUAUGACACGCUGGACUCCCCAGACACGAGAAAACUUCAUUUCGCAAGUGCCGUACCAUGAUGCGGACGAUUUCAUCCACGGCUUCCAAGCUACGCACCAACCGGCAAUUUGGAUGGGGGAGCUGGGGCAGGUGGUGCUUGCUCCCGGGUGGACGUCGGAUGUAAAAUCUUUGUUUCAACACCGGAGCCUGGCAUUUCUCAAGAAGGACGAAGUUAGCACCCCCUACGUCUACGAAGUUCUUCUAGAUGCAGACACCGAGGGGGAAUACGAUUGGGACUUGACGGAGGAGGCGGCGGGAGAAGGACCCGUGCCCGGAGGGGCAGGUUCGGUACCAGGCAGCGUCCGGGAGGGAGCAAAUGGGCGUAUCAGGAAAAGGGGUGCUGUUUCUGGAAGCUAUACACGCCAAAUUCGCGCAGCACUCAGUGCGUCUGCACAUACUGGUCACCUACGCUUUGACUUCGAAGAUAAUAGUUACAAGAGCUCCGCACAACGGAUCCAACCUUACAUAUCUAUCCAAGUGACCCGCCGGAACUGGACUGGGCAAGUCGAAAUCGACCCGCGAAGGCGAGAGGUUUUUGGGAGCAAUCCGCAACGACAGGAUUACAGACUGGGACCGAACCGCCCAGCCUCUUUUCAGGGAUACUUUGUGUCUAGGUUCUCUGAGCCAUUCACUUCAUAUGGGACCUCACUUGGGGCCAAUAUAUCCGAAGGGAUCAAUGGCGCGUCAGGACAGCUGCUUGGCGCAUACGUCAAGUUUCAUGCAAACACCAAGCGAAUCGAGGUCCGCACCGCUGUGUCGUUUGUUAGCAUCGAGCAGGCGCGGAAGAACCUGGAUAUCGAAAGUCCCGAUGGCACCUCGUUCGAGCACACGGUCGAAGAGGUGAAAUCGGCCUGGCUAGAAAAGCUUGGUCGAGUGACAAUCGAGGGCGUAAACUCGACCGACGAGGAACACGACCAGCGGACGAUCUGGUAUACCGGCCUCUUCCACGCCCUCCAGUAUCCAAACGAUUUCUCGGAGCCCACGAGCCGGGAUCCGAAAUGCACCCGUACAUUCUACAGUGGAUAUACAGAUAGCGUCCACGAGAGCAAUGAUUCAUACUACCAGUCUUGGUCUAUCUGGGACACUUACCGAGCCGAACAUUCUCUCCUGACUCUCUUCGCACCCGAACGAGUGAACAGCAUGAUGCGCUCUCUAUUGAAGAUCUUUGAUUGGUCUGGCCGGCUGCCGAUAUGGGCUAAUAUGGUCGAGACAAAUAUCAUGAUCGCGACGAACGCAGAUGCUGUCCUCGCGAACGCCAUAUCACAUGGAUUCCGCUCCUUCGAUCUUCCGAAGACCUGGGAAGCGGUGCGCAAGGACGCCUACGAGCCGCCGGAGAACGACACGGAGCUGCUGUACUACGAUCGCCAACCCGACACCCCGCACGAGGCACGGGCCGGCUUGACGAGCUACAUGGAGCACGGCUGGGUCGACAAUGACAGGUGGUCGGAAUCGGCAUCGCGGACGCUCGACUAUGCGUUCAACGACGCGGCAUGCGCGGUAGUGGCGCGGGCGGUCGGGGCGGAGGACGAGGCGGCGGCGCUCGAGCGGAGGGCCGGGAACUACGCGAACGUCUGGGACAGCGACACGCAGUUCAUGCGGGCGCGCAACGCGAACGGGUCGUGGGCGAACGACACGUGGGGCUGGACCGAGGGCGACAAGUGGGUGUACACGUUCGACGUGCUGCACGACGUGGCGGGGCUCGCGGCGCUGUUCCCGGGCGGGCGGCGCGGGCUGGCGGCGAGGCUCGACGCCCACUUCGACGGCGGCCACAACAUGCACAGCAACGAGCCGUCGCACCACGUGCCCUACCUGUACUCGCUGAUCGGGCGGCCCGGCGCGGCCGCCGAACGCGUCCGCGCCCUCGCCUGGCACGACUACAACGCCACGAGCGCCGGCCUCAGCGGCAACGAGGACCUCGGCCAGAUGAGUGCCUGGUACGUCUUCUCCGCCCUCGGCUUCUACCCCGUCAACCCGGCCGCCGACGAGUACGUCGUCGGCUCGCCCUUCUUCGAGCGCGUCGCGCUGCGGCUCCCCGCCGGCGCAGCGACGGGCGGCGAGGCGGGGGCGGCCGACGGCCCAGAGAGGACGCUGGUGAUCGAGGCGCGCGGCGCCGCCUCGGGGAAGCCGUAUGUGAAGGGUCUCACGGUCGAUGGCAGGGCGGUGGAUCGGCCGGUCCUCCGGCACCGGGACAUUGUGACUGCGCGCGUGAUCAGGUUCGAGAUGAGCGAGUCGCCUACGAGCUGGGGUGAAGAUGGCGAGUUGUGAGAUCCGGGAGGGGCUGGGAUAGAAGGGUACCCAUAGGUGAAUGUAGGUAUUUUUGGUAAUUGGAACAUACUGCCUUGGUAUUUAAAAUUAAGGAUUGAAUUAAUAGCGCUAAUUGGCAAUAUCUCCUACGAGCUAUCCCACGAAAAAUUGCCGUUGUAAGAACUCGUGGUUAGGUAUGUCUAUGGAUCGGAGAGGUGACUGUUGAGAUUAGCCUGUGGAGAAACACCCUCGUUACUAGUCGGAGAUUGACAAUACUAGAACUGCAACAGAAGGGAGACAGGGGCAUCGAGUGUGUGUGCAUGGGCAUUUAUUGUAGUGUACCUAUCUAUUUGAGAAGGGAAACGGAAUUCUAUACAGGAUCCUAAACUCUUACAUAUAUACCUUUGAGUAACCUACAAUUCCAGCUUAAUUCCCGACUAUCAUCCACUACUCAAACAUCACCACAAUAUUGGCCCGGUUUCCUUCGUGGUGGAUGGUUAAGCUGCUCUUGUUCUCGAGCGUACCGAAGUACCAAGCGAAAGCCGUGGCGGUGCGGUGCCUG